AAAAAACAUGAUCCGCUGACUGCCGAGAAGCGACGCGAAAGCUGCUCCUGACAGGCGAUAAUAACUGCCCCUUCCCCAUCCUUUUCUUUCCUUUCGCUCCUAAAUUGACAUUUCCUGACGCUUCCAUGCCCGAAUGAAUCUGUAUACCCGUAUCUUAUUGUAGCAUCUGCUGCAUCCAGCAUUCUCGAUACCACUUCACCAGACAGACGUCCACCGCCUUGCCCGCAUCUACUGUACCAGCACCGCACCCGCAAUCCGCCUCACCGGAGACCAGAAAAGCAAUCCAUCUUAUCCACCAAAUAACGGGACCAACCCGCCUACCUCAUCCAACCGAACUCAUCUCUUACGGAGCAUCUCCAGGUCUCCAACAACCACAAGCAAGGCACAGCAGACCCAGGCCUGGGCCUCUCUUACAGAUCAGCACCACAAGGCUCCUGCAGCAGGGGUCAAAUCAUCAGGAAACCGCCAAUCCGCUUGCUCAUCCUCUGGACCUGUUGCGUCACACGCUCCCGCCUUUCUCUCUCCCCCCAGCUUCCUAAAUCCUCGCUCGUCAAUCAGGGACCGCUUCUCGAGGCCGUCUUUAUCGAGCGCCAAUUUUCGAACGAGACUACUGGCUGCAUUUCGUGGUCUGCGUGCCCACGGCAGAGAAGCGAUUCGGUCACCCCUCUUCCUACUUGUCUCUUCGUCGCCUUCGACUAAGAGACACAGUCAAAAAGUGACACAGCAAAGCGGCAGACGAUCCUAAAAGGGACCAAGACUAAGACGGACUGCGAAGACAGACACCUGACUGCCGUCUCCUCCAACAACGCCAUCAAUCCAAAAAAGACCAACGCCGUUCCGUGUACAUCAUCCCAUUUCUCCAUCGCUCACGAGUCUCAACGGCUAGUCCGCUUCCAUUCCCCAAGUUCUGCACGCAGGGGAACUGCGCACAUUCUCGGCUCUUCCCCCUUGGUGUUGCGCUGCUCUACUAUUGAAUCGUUCUGGUAUGUACAUCUCGAUACUAUUAUCCCACCCUUCGGAUAUCCCAUGUCCACCACCCCCAAACCCAUACCCAACCCCAUCCAUGUACCUACCCUCUGUACCGUUCAGGUAAAAAAAGAACAUCUUGGUUGUCUUGGCCGGGGGUGUCUCCGGCGGCGGCGCUGUUACCUGCUGCGGACGGCGUGCGCAUGUAUUGCUUGCUUGCUGCUGCCGAUGCGCUGCUCUUUUUUUUUCUGCCUCGCCGACUGGACGCUCCUAUGACAAUCAAUCACCGCACUCGCACACUUGCACCCCCUUCCACUUUCCCCUUCCCUUGCAGUGACCCCAAAAGGGCGAAUCGCGGGAAUAUACGUCAGGGUCACAGGGUCACCAAAAGCCAAUCUAUUUGUCCCCCCACCACCUGUUUUCCCAGACUUCGUUUAUCCACGUCCCUUCCCCCCUCUCUUUCCUCGGGGCCUACAUAACAUCACGCCAACCUCGGGGUCCCUGCUUGUUGAAGAGAGACAUUCCAUUAACUCUUGGUCCCUUUUCCCACAGAAACCACCCUAUACCAUUGUGUCAGCAAAUCCACCUGCAUCCCACCUCUUAGACACCAAAACCACCAACACCGCUGACUCGAACAACCCUGUAUCAAGAUGAGCCUAGUCGAGGCAAACCCCAACAACAUCGCCGAGACGAUCGUACAGCACCCCGCCGUCGUCGCUCACAAUAUGGCUGGCACCACAAGCGGCGAUGCGACGCCCCGCGCCUCGAGCCACAAUGAGCCCCAAUCGGACAACACGAAGAAGGACGUGAAGAACAAGGUGCGCGGAUUGUUCGGACUCGGCAAAAAGAAGGAAGAGUCAAAUGUCUCCAACAAGUCUUCGUCGUCUGCCAAACCUGCAGCGACCGUCACCAGCAACCCCUACUUGACACGGGAUACCUCUAGAGCUUCAGCUCGGUCUACGACAUCGCCUUACGUGCACCCUUCAUCGCCAAGCCGUGGAAUGUCUACGUCCCCGCGAGUGCCAUCCCCGGCGGGCUCCCAGAUCUUCGAGCGAGAUGUCGACAACAUGUCAAUUAAGCCUCAAUCGCCUGCCAUUCCGUCGCAUAUUCAGACCGAGAACCAUAUCCCUCCCGUGUUGGACGCAUCAUCCGAAGCCAUCACAAACGACCACCUUGAUCCGAACAGCGUCGAGAUUGUCACCCACUCUCAGCAUCAACCAGCUGCAGCAGCUGUCACCGGCGCCAACGGAAACGGUACACCUCACCCUCCCGAUUCUAUGACUGCAUCAUGGACCGAUGAGCUCCGUGCAUUUGCGGAUCGCGAAGACGCUUCCAACUACAAUGCGCUCGAUAAUGCCGACGUGCGCAGGCUGAGCUUCAUCUCUUUUGCCGACGUCGUGCAGGCCGAGCAGGGCGGCCACGGCGGCGCAGCAGGUUCUCGUGACUCCAUUCAUGUCGCUGGGCUGACGUCCCUCUCGUCCAUCAACGCCCGCUCGCCCUCACCCAUCCGAUCACCAGUCUCUUCUCAGGGACCGGGCACCUCGCCGCCAACAAGCAACCCCGCGUCUGUGAAGGGACUGGAAAUGUCCCCCGGACGCAAAUCUCUUGGCAGCCCAAUUUCGUCCCAUCACAACCUCAACAUGAGCGGCGAGCUCAACAUUGAGACGAUGUCGCAAGCGCUCAGGCGCACGGGAAGCACGGAUCUCAGCGGGGUCCGCAGCUUGCCCACGAGCCCGAUCGAGGGGCCAUCACGUUAAGGAGAAGACCAUGACGGGACGUUUGAUGAAAAUUGAAGCGAAAACAAAACAAAUUUACGUUACGGAGUCGGAGGCAAACCGGAGAAACCAUUGAUACCAAAGUGGACGUUCUAUGACACUUUUUCUUUUCACCACUGAUUUUUUGUCGUUUUUUUCUUCUAUUCAAAUGCUGAAGAUUGGGCCAGCACUCGUUGAUGGAGGCUAGCUCAUCGAAUUAGAGAGGGAGGGAAACGUGUUUUUCUUCUCUUCACAUGCGUUUUUCUUCUACCUCGAUAGGCUUCGAUUUUGGAGUUGGGCAAAGCAAGAUAAAUAUUGAUAUCAUGUGCUUAUCGCAAUCUGACGAGCGCUAUACGUGUGGCAUGUGCGUGAUUGGUAGUUUCCUUUCGAAUCGGGAACAUCUUCCGUCCCCAUCGGCCUACUCCUACGCCCAGCG